AUGUAUAAUACAUUGAAAAGCGAGGAAGAUCUUGAAGUACAUUGCAAAUCAAAGAAUGAUGAUCUUGGUGUUCAUGUUAUACCGCAUACAUUUUAUUAUGAAUUUAAAUUUGGGGCUAAUAUUUGGGGUAAUACUUUGUUUUUUUGUGGUUUUGUAUUUGGUAAUAAAUUACAUUGGUUUGAUAUUUAUAAUGAAACCAGGGAUACUGCCGAUUGUUGGCAAAAAUGUUAUUGGGAAAUUAGAGAAUCUCAGAAUUGCUUGCUUGAUUUUUAUACCGGAAAGUAUGAUUUUUGUCAUCCGUGGAAAUCUCAACAUUAUAAAUUUGAAGUUUCUAGGAAUAAUUCCACCAAAGCACCAAUUAUGUCAAUAUCUUGA